CGUGGAUCCGAUUUAAAUCGGCUAAGAAGACAAAACUAAGAGGGGAACCGACAGCGUCCGUACAUUUUCUGCCACCUUCCCAUAGCGAAUCCUACGAUGACACCAUUCUUGACCAUCGUCUUCAUUUUUCUUCCCUCCUUGGUGUCUGGUAUAUUUGAAUGCCCCACGCAAUCCAUACGACCCUGCAAGUGCACGAUAGAUUCGAUGAACAAUGUGAAAGUUGAUUGUUCGGAUGCAACCUUUGAUUAUGAGAUUCAAUCAGCACUGGGGGUGACGUCAUGGCCUUCCAAUGUGCCCUGGCAAAUUCCAGAAAGUAGGUCGAUAGACCUCAGCUCGGGAUACUUCACGUCAGUCCCAGCCUUCAAGAGCGACAGCCUGGAAGAACUCCACCUCAGUCAGAAUACAAUCAAGAAUGUGGAGUUCGACAAAUGGGCAACUCCCAAAUUGAGGAUCCUCAACCUCAUGAGCAAUUCCUUGACGUCAGUGCCAGCAUUCAAGAGCGACAGCCUGGAAGAACUCGACCUCAGUCAUAAUAAAAUCACAAAUGUGGAGUUCGACAAAUGGGCAACUCCCAAAUUGAGGAUCCUCAAGCUCUUGAGCAAUUCCUUGACGUCAGUCCCAGCUUUGAAGAGCGACAGCCUGGAAGAACUCGACCUCAGUUAUAAUCAAAUCACAAAUGUGGAGUUCGACAAAUGGGCAACUCCCAAAUUGAGGAUCCUCAAGCUCUUUAUCAAUUCCUUGACGUCAGUCCCAGCUUUCAAGAGCGACAGCCUGGAAGAACUCAAUCUCAUUGGCAAUAAAAUCACGAAUGUGGACUUCGACAAAUUGGCAACUCCCAAAUUGAGGACACUUAUUCUCUCUGUUAAUUCCUUGACGUCAGUAUCAGCCUUCAAGAGCGACAGCCUGGAAGAACUCAAUCUCAUUGGCAAUAAAAUCACGAAUGUGGAGUUCGACAAAUGGGCAACUCCCAAAUUGAGGUUCCUCGGCCUCUCCUUUAAUUCCUUGACGUCAGUCCCAGUCUUCAAAAGCGGUAGUCUUUCGGCACACACGAAAGUGCACAUGGAUCGUAAUUGGAUAGCUAAGAUUGACGGGCGAGUCCUUCACCUGAUUCUGAAGGAACUCUCUCAGGGAGAUGGUUUUCUCUACCUAGAUGGUGGGAAAUACCUCAUCAGGAGUAAAGUGAACUACUCUUGUGAGGAGUAUCAUAUUCUGAGGGGCCCACGUAUUCGAAUAUGUGGAGCGAAGCAGAAGUGGUCAGGACCUGACCCCUUCUGUGAACCUGAAUGUGGGACACUGAAAAAUGUUCCUGGACCAGCUUCACCCCUGAUUAAGGGUGGGAUAAUGGCUGAGCCUGGAAAGUGGCCAUGGCAAGCUGCCAUCUAUGAUAAGCAAUACAAGGAAAUAUUAUGUGGAGGUGCUCUUAUUGGAGAACGAUGGGUUCUCACGGCAGCACAUUGCGUCGUGGAAGGGACAGUCAGAGGUGUUAACGAUUUCUUCGUCUAUCUCGGCAAGCACUAUCGAGAUGUGUUAAGGGACGAUGAGUUAGUCCAGAAGAAAGAGGUGACUCUCAUCAUUCCCCACCCCGAUUAUGAUGCUCAGCACUAUAAUUCGGACAUAGCACUUCUGAAACUCACGGAGCCGGCCAAUUUCACGGAUCGGGUUCAGUUGGUUUGCCUCCCAACCCAUUCCGAUCUGACUGAGGUCAAUCUACAAGGAGGAAGUCAAGGAUGGGUGGCCGGUUGGGGUCAUGAUGCCUCAAAUGAAGGAACGGAUGUUUUGAGGCAUAUAAAACUUUCUGUCAUAUCCAAUGAAAAAUGUCUCAAUGAUUCCUCUUUUGUCACAAGCAAUCCUCUUACGAACAUCACCGAAAACAUGUUUUGUGCAGGAGACAGCAGUGUGGCCUCGGCUAAUGGGAGGAGAGAGUAUAAAACGGUGUGUCCUGGGGACUCGGGAGGUCCAUUGGUUUUCACCUCGGAUCGUGGGGUGAGACGCAAGUGGUUUGUAGAAGGAAUUGUCAGUCACAUCUACGUAAAUUCAACACAGGAGUGCUCCAAUUAUCAUCCAGGGCAGUAUGGCAUAUACACUAGAGUCAAAAAGUUUGUUGACUGGAUCGAGGAGAGCAUAUCGAUGUAUUCAGAAUGAAAGUCCAUGUCCUUCUUCUUAGCACUCCUCUACAAAUUUCUCAGGU